AAUAUAAGACUAUGUAUAGUCCAGCUCUAACAUCAUACCAAAACAUGCUCAAUGCUCGAAUCAAAUGUGUCGUUAAAAGGAACCUGACAUAAAUGAUCUUGUUCAGAUGCGAAGAAAUAAAAAAAAAAACUUGCAUGGGAAUAAACAUUCAUAUUUGAGUUAUACAAACCGAAAAUGUGAAGUUAAAAUUAUAAAUUUAAAUAAAGUUAGACCAUAAAUUGUAGAAUUAUGAUUGGCCCAAUUCAACAAAAGUUGGAAUUUUAGAGCCCCAUUAUUUGAGCAUCUGAGCCCAAAUUCAAUUAGACAAAAUCAGGCUUCAAAUCCGAAAUUUCAGCGCCAGUUUAUGGAGGCAAAUCGAAAUUUCAAAACGUUUCCGAAUUUCCAAUCUUCAAUUCGAACGUAACAGCAACCACACUUCAAAUCAAUUCAAAGUUUCAAUCCACUUUCUCCUUCCCUCUCUCUUUGAUUUUUCAAUGACCAAAAUCAGCCACCAUAGCUGAAUCUGAGAAAUUAAGGUAAAUUCCCAAAACCCAAAUUCAGUUCCCGCCGAGUUUUUCGGCGCCACCUGAAUUCAGCUCAGUCUGUGCUCGCACUGAGAUGAUCGAUUGCGCUUUGUGCAUUUUAAUCGAUUGGGAGCUGGCCGCAAAGACUUGUCUUUUUUCUGGUUUUAAUUUGGGGGUAGUAUUGAGUUCGAUUUCUGAAUUGGGGAUGAGGGAGCUAAGCAUUGAGUCAUUUUAUGCACGGCUAAGACAGUCAGCUAUAGCCUCAGCUUCAUCCGCCCCUCUUCUAAUCUUCCCCUCAACCUCGGAUGCUGAUUCACUAUGUGCGUUGAAAAUCAUAGGGCAUGUUCUUGAAUCUGAUUCAAUUAGGUAUGCCUGUUACCCGGUUUCGAGUUUCAGGGAAAUUCACAAGUAUGCGGGGCCAAACCUUAGCUCAUCUGCGAAUGAGCCCAUAACCAUCUUGUUGAUUAAUUGGGGUUGCCAUAGGGAUCUUAGGAGGGACCUGCAGAUCGGCCCCUUAGCUCGUGUUUUCGUUGUUGACAGUCAUAGGCCGAUUCAUUUGCAUAAUCUGAGUGACCAGAAUGACUGUGUGGUGGUGCUUUACACGAAGGAUGAUGAGAACCAGGCCGAUCUGGUUUAUGAUUUCGAUGUGUCCACUGUUGCGAAUGCGAGUGAGUUGAACAGUGACGGUGAGGUUGAGGAGGAUUCGGAGAGUGAGGAUGAAAAUGAUAGUGAUGUUGAGGAGGGUGGGGAAGUAGGUAGAAAGAGGAGGAGAGAUUCUGAAAAUGAGGGGAAUCCUGAUAAGUUGUUUAAGAAGUUGAAGAGAGACUAUUACUAUAUGGGAACGUACCAUGGGAAGCCGUCGGGAUGCUUGAUGUAUGAGCUGUCACAUUCUCUAAGGAAGAACAAGAAUGAGUUACUCUGGCUGGCUUGUGUGGCUUUAACUGACCAGUUCGUACACGAGAGGUUAACUGAAGAGAGAUACCAGGCUGGGGUUAUGGAACUCGAGCAGCAUAUUAACAGCUCAGGGAACUUGGAUGCUAUUACAUCCGUCACACUCAAGGAUGGCACAAAGGUUACUGUGCCCGAUUCUUCCAGAAUCGCUUAUGAGGACGAGCCUAAGUUGAUGUUAUUGCAAGAGUGGAACUUGUUUGACUCAAUGCUGUGCUCAUCGUACGUGGCAACCAAAAUGAAGACUUGGAGUGAUCCCGGGUUGAAAAAUAUGCAGCUUCUUUUGGCUCGGAUGGGGUUUGCAAGAGAAGAAUGCAAACAGAAAUAUCAAUACAUGAGUGUAGAGAUCAAACACAGAAUGAAAGAUAUGUUUCAAAAGUUCCUACCCGAGAUUGGGCUCAGGGAUUUCUACUAUAGAGGUUUCCUGCUGUUGCACGGGUAUAGCUCGAAAGUCUCUGCUGCAGAUGUGGUGUAUGGGGUUACUGCUCUUCUAGAGUCGUUCGUGGAGGCAGAUGGAUCUUCUGGCUCGAAACAGUUUGGUGUGGCGUAUGAUGCUUUGUCCCUCAACAACGUCGAGAAGCUGGAGCUGGGAAUGAGGCAGGCUAUCAAGGUGCAACGGGCUGUUCUGAGACAAGGAAGCACAGCCAUAACGAAGAAGGGGUCGAUAAGGAGUGGGAGUAAGUUCAGAUGGGUAAAACUCGAAGACACUGCUGAUGCAAAGCUCUUAUGUCACCCUCAGGCUCUAACUAAAUUCGGGUUCUUCCUGAUGGAUGCUCUACGCGAGAAGGGAGCAAGGAUGAAGCCCCUGAUAUGCGUUUGCUACACAGAGGAACAGAGGAAAGUCCUGAUUGUUGGCAUAUGUGGGAAGCCACGCCUUGGCGCACGAAAUGGAAACGCGUUCGGGAUUGCCUUCAGAAGCGCAGCUGAUGAGACCGGAGCUGAGUAUUUCCACGAGCUCUUUGAGUCAUCGUGGAUAGUCUUGGAGGCGGCCGCAGUGAAUUCGUUCAUGAUCAGGUUAACUGAGAAACUGUUGUGAUUUGUGAUCAUCAUUUCUUAUUUGUAUCUCUUUCACUUAACUGUGAUUCUGUUAUUCAUAGAUGUCUUCUUCUUUUUUGCAUUCUAAUAGACUAAUGCUUGGUUAACUUGCAUGUAACAUUAUCACCAUUCAAUUACUAGAUGGAAUACUUCCAAGAUUAUAGUUUCUUCUUUGAAAACAACUCCAACAUUGGAUUAUAGCAGAUGGGAUGGGAAAUGUGUACAAAUAGCCGUUCGAUUCGAAAGAUUAUAUCUCAUGGUUGAAUAUGUCCUCGUUUGUUUAGACAUCUUUAUAAAUUGGAAGUGUAAAUUGUGCAGUUGCUAUUAAUAUUAUACUGAUGUGUAAGAAUCUGCAGCAAAAAUUCAUACA